AUGCGGCUGCCGCUUCCUUUCCACGUCUCCCCGUGGGGGGAUGGAAUAGGUUGGGAGGUCGUGCAGCUUCGCCUCCAGGGCGCGGGUGCGGCGCUCCUCGCGGUGGUUGGCAUCCAGCCAAAACAACACCUCCCGGCGCGUUCGCUCCUUCGCGAGGAGGGCCUGGCGGAGUUUGGCUUUGGUGGUUUUGUCGUCCUUCCCGGGGACCCCGUCGGCCGACUGCUCCCUCGGCGGCGUCGGCGUCCGGGGCGGGGAUUCCAGGCUGACCGGGGGCCACCCCACCAUCUCGAGCUUCAUCCGGUGCGUUAA